AUGAGGAACGAUUCGUCGCACAGAGAUGACACGCAUCUGUUUAUUAAGAAAAAGGAAGCAGAUAUUCAAAUAUUUAGCACAAUGCUCACUCCUAAAAGAAACAACACUGAAAUUAUAUUUACUCUCCUUGGACUUUCAUCUGAUCUGCAGCCAUUUCUAUUUGGGAUUUUCUUGUUAAUUUAUAUUUGCACAUUAAUGGGUAACGCAAUGAUAAUCAUGACAGUGACAUUUGAAUCUCGACUUCACUCUCCAAUGUAUCUUUUCUUGAGGAGCCUGUCUGUCACAGAGAUCGCCUAUAUUUCAGUAACGGUUCCACGGAUGCUUAGAGACUUUUUGCAUAAAGACAAAGAUAUUUCAUUACUGGGAUGUGCUACUCAGCUCUACUUUUUCUGCUUUCUUGGCACAACUGAAUGCUUCAUUCUUGCCGUUAUGGCAUAUGAUCGUUGUGUAGCUAUCGCCCAUCCUCUUCAUUAUAUGAAUAUUAUCAACAAGUCUAAAUGCUUAAAGCUUUUAUUUGGAUCAUGGUUGGCUGGGAUGCUUUUAUCCUUGGGCCAAAUUUCAUUUGUCUUCAGCUUACCUUUCUGUGAAUCCAAUAUCAUUGAUCAUUUCUUUUGUGAUAUACUUCCAGUAGUGAGAUUGGCUUGUGCUGAUACAUCUGCCAAUAUGAUAACUAUAUUAAUAUAUAGCUCUUUUGUAAUACAGUUGCCAUUUCUUCUCAUUAUAGUGUCAUAUGUUCAUAUUCUUACUACUGUAUUUAGAAUACCAACGGCACAUGGACGUAACAAAGCCUUUUCUACGUGUGGCUCACACCUUACAUCAGUCAGCUUGUUUUUUGGAACUGCCACUAUAACAUAUUUGCGAACUAAUAAAGCCAAUGAAAGCCCCAAAAUAUGGUCUUUGCUGUACACAGUGCUUAUUCCAAUGCUGAACCCCUUGAUAUACAGUUUAAGAAACACAGAAUUUAAAAUUGCACUAAGGAGGCUAAUAAAAAAUAGAUAAAAUAGUUAAAUCUGAGCAACCCAUUUUUAAGGCA